UUGCUUUUACGUAAGCAUAUUGAUGAAGCCCCCCCUUUUCAGGUGCCAGCUAUGAACCUCGUGCGUGCGCUUACACACGCACACACGCACGCACGCUCGCACACACAAUCUCACACACACACACACACUCACACACACAUUCACACACACACACACACAAACACACACUCACACUCCAUCCCUUCCUCGCUUGCUUUUACGCACUCACAUUGAUCAGGUGCCCGCUAUGAACCUCAUGAGCUUGCUCACACACGUGCGCACACACACACAAUCAGACACACAAUCACACACACACAAUCAGACACACACACACACACACACACACAGAAGGAAACUGCAGGUGCAGAUUGUACAACUGCCGCUGUUUCUGGAAGGAUUUUGGCUAUUCUCAUGGCUGCAUAUGCACACACACACACACACACACAAGUAAUUCAUGAAAACACAUGCACAUAAUCCAUGAUGUCCCAAAAGCACACCUAAAUAGUUUUUAUUAAAUUUAUUUUCUCUCUAAAGAUGUUUAGUAUAUUUAGCCUGUAUUCAAUGUAUAUAUUUUAGUCUGCAUUGUACAUAUUUCUUCUUAUAUUUAAUUCUAUUUUGUAUUUUUUUGCUGCUGUAACAUGAGAAUUUUCCAGUUUGGGAUCAAUAAAUUAUAUAUCUAUCAAUCUAUCUAUCUAUAUGCAUGAAAUAAACCAGCUCUGUGACAAAGGGAAAACAGUGCCCCUCUGGUUCUAAAGGGUAUGGCAGGAAAAAAGAAAAAUGGCGCCAUCUGCUGGUCGGCAUAAAAAAAAAAAAACAGUUUGACCCUCAAAGAAUAGGUGUACAUGAGAAAAAAAAAAAAUCCAAAAAUUAUACUGCAUUGGCAGUGUAUUGAAAAAAACAUGUUUUAAUGGGAGUCAAUGGGACCGUUUCGGUCCUUAGGGGUGUUUACUGAAGUAUAAAAAUUGCUCACAUGCAAAAAAGGUUAAAGGAAGAAAAAAGAAAAAAAAUUAAAUUGCACCUAAAAUUACACACUUUGACAAACUUUAAUGCCAUUUGCAUCAUCACAGCCAAAAUUAUCCACAAAAGUAUAGUUACAAAGGACCAAAACGGUCCCCAGGGGUGCACAAGGCUGCAGUGGCACACUUGUUGCAAAUAAGGAAUGUUGGUUUUGUGUUUGGACUUUGCAGUAAAACAAAUAUUUAUUGUGCUGUCCAGGCAGGGACAAGCUGUCAGUCAGGUGGACUAAUAGGGCUGAUUGAUGGCAUUUUUAAAUAAUAAUUAAAAAGAUAAACCAUUAAUUUCUGCAGAGACUAGUUUGUUUCUCUUGAAAAUAACCAUGUCUUUAGAUUUUAAUUUGCAUUGAAUUAUGUGUCGGUAUUAUUAGAUUGUUAUUUUUUUCAAAUGCAAAGAAACAAGAACAUGACAACAAACAAAAGAGAGGCUGUAAUCUAUUGCUGUGCCUUUUACUCUCCAAAUCCCAAAUUUCUACAGAAGACCCAACUCUGUGAAUGUGUUCAUCAAUUUUUCGAGCCCUGCAUUUAUCGAUGUGAUUUUUUUUGUAAUGUUUACGUGCUGCAGGUGUUUGUGAUUGGUCCUGACAAGAAGCUGAAGCUGUCCAUCCUGUACCCGGCCACCACAGGGAGGAACUUUAAUGAGCUGCUCAGAGUCAUCGACUCUCUGCAGCUCACCGCCCGUAAGAAGGUUGCCACACCUGUGGACUGGGUGGUAAGUUCGCGACACCCUUGGGCCAUAAAAACUUUGAAACAGAGAGUCAGUGUUAAACUGUCAGAGCAGUCUUUUUGUUUAUAAAAAUUCCAUCAAACAGAUCACAUUUUGUGCAGACUGAAGGACUCACAUCUAGAUCUCUUGAAAUUAUAAAAGUUGUGCCCCAGGGCCCUGUCUUGGGAAAUUGUUAUUCACAUUUAAUAUCGACAGUAUUGGCAAAUGUUCCGUCUUUGUCUUUUAUGCAUGCCCUGCCUUUUCAAUAGCACUCCUGUCAAUAAAAAAGACAAAAGCCCCAAAAAUAUAUUUAAGAAAAUUAUCCACAAACAAAAAAAAAGAGUGUGAAAGGCAAAGAGGGAGCAACACAUUUUUCAUAAACUUUUCUAAUAAACACCUGAUGUUCUUACAUGUCAAAAUUUUUUCAUGAAUUUGGGCAAUAAGAAUUAAGAUUGAUUUAUUGUUUGAUAAAUGUUGUGUAAUUGUGGUGUGUUUGUGUGUCUGUGUCUUUCAGCCUGGACAGAAGGUGAUGGUGGUCCCUACUGUCCCUGACACUGAAACUGCAGCUCUCUUCCCCAGCGGAGUGACCACCAAAGAGCUGCCUUCUGGGAAAAAAUACCUACGUUACACUGAGCCCUGAUCUAGGAAGUAGACCUGACCAUCUCCAGACUAAAUCCCUCUUUAGUUUACUACUCCCACCUGAAGCUAACACAGAUCUAUCCAAAAAUAAAAAAGCACUUAUCUGUUUGGUGACUUCAGUUUCAGUCAUCAUGUUCUGUGCCUUCUUUAAACUCGUAAAUAAAAUCACUUUUCACAUGUUUGUCUCAUGAUUCUCUCACUAUGAUCUCAGUUUUGUAGAGGGAAUUUAGCGUAGUUACCAGCUCCACCACUACGCGUCCUCCUAUGACCUAAAAUACAAACCUUACACUUUUCUUACCUGCAGUACAGCCCUGCACCAGUUGAUGGCAGUAUAUGCUAAGAGAUUAAUCUUCAGGUUUUUUAGAGGGAGUGACUCCACAAACUGUCAAGUAAAUUCACAUUAUACUCAUUUAAAAACAAAAUAUUGAGUUGAUCUAAAUCAAUUUAAUUCAGUGAGGCUCAUUAACCUCUCACUUUCUUAAAUGAUGUAUUUUUUAAUCUAGUAAUGUCUCCAAAUGUCAUGGUCCUCUGCAGGUCACUUUUCCCUUUCUCUAUCUUUCAGUUGAACCUCUAAAAUCUCUAAUGUGUCACACACAAAGAGAGACAACUCUCCAUAUAGUUUAAAAGUGCAGAAUAAAAAUGACCAGACUUGUUUUUAAGA